AUGUCUCAACAACAACCACAGCUCACAGACAAUGUUACCCGUAUUCUGCAACGGGCAACUCAAUUGACUAUUGACCAUUCUCAUUCUCAAAUCGCACCUCUCCACUUCCUCGCUGCAAUGCUUGAGGCUGAGGGUGGUGAGGCCCCAUACCUGAAGACCGUCAUUGAAAAGGCUCGCUACGAAUGGCGACCUUUUGAACAGCUCGUCAACAAGAGUCUCGUUCGUCUGCCGGCCCAAAACCCAGCACCUUCUUCUCCAGACAUGUCCAUGGCCGCAAACAAGAUGUUUAAGAAUGCACUCGAAAUUCAAAAGAAUCAAAAGGACUCGUUCCUCGGCCAGGACCACCUGCUGCUUGCUCUUCUAGAUGACUCUUCUAUCCAAAACAUUCUCAAGGAACUCCAAAUCCCUCCCAAGGCACUCAAGACACAAAUCACAGCCAUCCGUGGUAACCGCAGAAUAGAUUCCCGCAUGGCAGACUCCUCGGAAGAGUUUGAGUUCCUUAAUAAGUACGCCCAAGAUCUGACAACAGCUGCCCGUGAAGGCAAGAUUGACCCUGUAAUUGGCCGUGACGAAGAAAUCCGCAGAUGUAUCCACGUUCUUGCCAGACGAACAAAGUCUAACCCUGUUCUUAUUGGUGACCCAGGUGUCGGUAAGACUUCAAUUGUCGAGGGUGUUGCUCAGCGCAUCAUUAACGGCGAUGUCCCCAACAUUCUUGCCCAAUGCCGCCUCUUCUCGCUUGACUUGGGUGCCCUCAAGGCUGGCGCAAAGUACCAAGGUGACUUUGAAGAACGUAUCAAGGGUGUCCUCAAGGAGAUUGAGGAAUCCAAGGAUAUGAUUAUUCUCUUUAUCGACGAAAUCCACAUGCUUAUGGGUGACGGUAAGAACGAUGCUGCAAACCUCCUCAAGCCCAUGCUUGCCCGUGGCACUCUCCACUGUAUUGGUGCCACCACCAAUGAAGAGUACCGCAAGCACGUUGAAAAGGAUGCCGCCUUUGAGCGUCGUUUCCAAAAGAUUCCAGUCCGCGAGCCCACCAUCCGUGAAACUGUUGCCAUUCUCCGUGGUCUUCAGCCCAAGUACGAAAUUCACCAUGGUGUUCGCAUUCUCGACUCUGCUCUAGUGACUGCUGCUCAGCUCGCAUCCCGCUAUCUCACCUACCGCAAGCUUCCUGACUCGGCUGUCGAUCUCAUUGAUGAAACUGCCGCUGCUGUUGCUGUCGCCCGUGACUCUAGACCUGAGAAACUUGAUACUCUGGAACGUGAACUCCAACUCCUCCAGGUUGAAAUCAAGGCUCUUGAGCGUGAUGCCAAGGCUGACAACUCCACCAAGGAUCGUCUUUCUGCUGCCCGCAAGCAAGUCGCCGACAUUGAGGAGCAGCUUGAGCCUCUUCGUGCUCGCUUCGAGGAAGAGCGCAAGGGCCAUGACGAGCUUAACAAUCUCAAGAAGAAGCUCGAUGAGCUCGAGACCAAGGCACAGGACGCUGCUCGUCGCGGUGACACUGCUGCUGUCGCUGAUAUCCGCUACUUUGCCAUCCCUGAUGUGAAGAAGCUCAUUGAGUCUCUUGAAACCCAGAAGAACAAUGAUGAGAGUGCCAUGCUCGAAGACAUUGUUGAUUCUGAUGCUGUUUCUGAGACUGCUGCCAGACUUACUGGUAUCCCUGUUACUAAGCUUACACAGGCUGAAAACACUAAGCUCAUCCAUAUGGAGCGUGAGCUUUCCCGCCAAGUUGUUGGUCAGCCUGAGGCUGUCAAGGCAGUGGCCAAUGCUAUCCGUCUUACCCGCUCUGGUCUCAGCAACCCCAAUGCUCCUCCCAGUUUCCUCUUCCUUGGUCUUUCUGGUUCUGGUAAGACUGAGCUUGCCAAGAAGCUGGCUGGUUUCCUUUUCGCUGACGAAAAGGCCAUGAUCCGUAUUGACUGUUCUGAACUUCAGGAUAAGUGGUCUGGCUCUAAGCUUUUGGGUGCUGCUCCUGGUUACGUUGGCUACGAAGAGGGUGGUAUCCUAACUGAGGCUCUUCUCCGCCGCCCUUACUCUGUUGUCCUCUUUGAUGAGGUUGAGAAGGCUGCUCCUGAGGUUCUUACUGUCUUGCUUCAGAUUCUCGACGAUGGUCGCGUUACCAGCAGUUCUGGCAAGCUUGUCAACUGUUCCAACUCCAUCAUCAUUAUGACUUCCAACUUGGGUGCCGAGUACAUUAACCGCUCGACCGCCAUCAAUAUUGAUGAGUCUACCAAGAACUUGGUUAUGGAGGCUGUUCGUGGCCACUUCCGCCCAGAAUUUAUCAAUCGUAUUUCCUCAGUUGUUGUCUUCAACCGUUUGUCGAAGAAGGCCAUUCGCAAGAUUGUGCACAUUCGUUUGCGCGAGAUUGAGAAGCGCUUCGAGAGCACCAACAAGAACAUCAAGCUGGAUCUUGACGACAAGGCCUACGACUACCUGGUAGCUAAUGGUUACUCUCCUGAUCUCGGUGCUCGUCCUUUGAAUCGUCUUAUCCAGAAUGAGAUUCUUAACAAGUUGGCCAUUUUCAUUCUUCGUGGCCAGAUUGAAGACGGCGAGACUGUUCAUGUUAUCAAGGCUGAAGGCGAAAACACUGGCUUGGACAUUGUUCCUAACCAUGAGCCCAAGGUGAUUGAAGGUGAGGAGGAAGAUGAUGAGAUGUACGAUGAUGAGGAUGACAUCCCCUUUGACGAUGUCGAGUAA